AUGUUAUCGUCAAAGGACCCGACAGAAAAUGAGAUCAUCUCGCCCAUCUCGCCAGGCGAACCUUCAGUUUACCAUGCCCAUGACCAUGGCUACUAUGACGGUGAACCACUACCAACACAUUCAUCGUUCAAAUCCAAGCUUCACAAGCUCAUCCCCAGUCGAGACACGUACUGGGGCUCCCUAACCUACAACCUCCUCGCCUUCCUCCUCCCCGCCCUCUACCAAACCCUUUCCAAGCUGUGGAUCGCCCAAAUUGACUCCUCCUCCGUCGUCCUCACCGACAUCUACACCUACAUCUCCACCAUCGCCGAAGUUCUCAACGAAGGCCUUCCCCGCAUCGCGUGGCUCAUCAUCGGCAACUCGGCCGCUUACUCCCUCACCACCCGCUUAUCGCUCUCCUACACUUUGAUCGUCUUCCAGACCGCCAUGGGCCUGCUCAUGACGGUCAUCUUCAUCGGCGCCGCUGAGUCCUUUGCGGCGGGAUUUGUCCCGCCUGAAGUCAGGAACAAGAGUCUGAGCUAUGUCCGCGUGUCGGCGGCGGUGGCGCUGACGAGCGCCGUGCAGACGUCGGUGGCAAGUUGUACGAGGGCAAUGGAUUGGCCGGAUGUACCGCUGGUGGUGAGCUCGGUGGGCUUUGCGGUGAAUAUUGCGUUGGAUAUGUUGUUCCUUUCGUGGUUCCAUGUCGGCUGGACGGGGUACAAGCCGACGGUGUUGGCGCAGGCGGGGAUAAGGUUGGCGUGUGAUGUGGCGGCUGCUGGAGUGGGGUUGGGGUAUUUCGUUUGGGUGGCGAGGAGAAAGGUGAGGGAGGAGGAAGAGAGUCAGAGGCAGAGGGGAGAUGCGCCGGUGAGGAAUGCAAUUUACUUGUGGCUGGUGAAUAGGAUCAUUGGUCUUGGAGCGGAUUAUGCAACGGCUUGGGGCGUGUUUAACACGAUCAGGUGGGGGCUGGUGAUGGUUCCGGUUCAGGCCUUGGAGACGUCGGCCUUGACGUUCGUUGGACAUCAGUGGGGUGUAUGGAAGAAGGAUAAGGAGGGGAUAUCCAAGCCUGCUGCGAGUUGGGUGGAAAUCAAGAGGAUCAGUCGCCCGGCUGUCAACUCGGCUCUGGUCUCUCUGGCAGUUGAGAUCCCAAUCUGCAUCUUCCUUUCCUUGUGGGGGAUGAAGGAGUUUGCUUUCUACAUCUCUAACUCUGAACGUGUCGCAGACAUUACCAAGAAGAUGUGGCAGAACAUCGACUGGUGCUACAUCUUCUACGCACUCAACUAUCAGCUAUCCUCCAUCCUUCUAGCCACUGUUCCUCGGUGGUUUCUCUACCAGUCAUUGUGGUCGAACUUACUCUGGUCAUUACCAUGGGCCAUAGUUGUCACGGUGAUGAAGUUCAAGAAAGAACAAGCAUGGACAUUUUACUCUGUCAUAUUUGGCGGAGCAAACGUCUUUUCUUUCAUCGUUGUGGUUCUCGUGCUGGGAGCUUGGGUGUGGAGACUUCACAAUGGGAUGAUUAGAGUAUAAUCACGGGC